ACUUAAUACCUGGGGGAUAGAAGGCUGUGUCUUCUCAGAUGGGGAUGGUUUGGAGCCCAUUUAAAUGGGCAGGGAUGUGCUCUGUGGGAUCCGCUUUCUCUUGCUUUUCCCCUGUCGGAGAACUGCUCAGAUCAUUUCUGGAACUUGCAAAGCUUCCCAGAUGGCAGACGGAUGAGGCCUCUUUGGAGCCUGUCAAACACUAAUGAGUGCUUCUGCCCAAAGGUGACCCUCUUUUGGAGGAACCCUGAGCUCCUCACCUGUCAAGGAGAGGUUCAUAGCAGCAGAAGUCCUGCUCUUGGAGCCAACAGGCACUGACAGGAAUAGCUGAUGCGACCACAGAGGCAAAGUGCUUUGGGAAGAGACCGGUUCAGAAAGGAGGGAGCUGCUUGCCUCUGACCAUCUCGUGGACUCUUCUAGGGCCCUUUUUCUUUGGGCAGUGCUGAAAAUAUGUGAGUGAACCAAGACACUCUCUUGUUCUGGGAUUUCAGCUGUGAACUCGCCUAUCUGCUACCUGAAACCAAGUGGACGAAGGAUAUUGUAUUUCUUGGAGGAAAGAAGACCUUACUUUCUCUAGGUCUCUGGAAACAAAAGCAAUGCUCCUUUCCCCUUCCCUUUCAAGGGCAGCAUAUGGAAAGAAAAAGAAGGAUCCCAGAUAAACACAAUUCAAGAUUCCAGCAACUUAACAGUAAUGUUGCCCAUGCAGAUGGAGUGAAAACUGGAGAGCAGUUGAAAACUGAACAGCAGUGCACGUUGUACAGACAUGAAGAUGCCAUCAGCAUCUUCAAAACCCUGGGUCCUGCCUGUGAACUUAACAGAGAGACCUGUCUGCAAAGUUGUUCCAAGUAGACCUCAGCUCCGCUGCUUUCUUCUGCCAGUGGGCUUGGAGCUUUGGGUUUAUGUUCAGAAAAUGCGCAACCUGCGGAAGAAGAGAAUGGAGGCAUCCUGCCUGGAACUGGCCCUGGAAGGAGAGCGCUUGUGCAAGGCUGGGGACUUCAAAGCUGGGGCAGCCUUCUUCGAAGCAGCGGUGCAGGUGGGGACAGAGGACCUGAAGACUCUCAGUGCCAUCUACAGUCAGCUGGGCAAUGCCUAUUUCUACCUAAAGGAGUACUCCAAGGCCUUGGAGUACCAUAAACACGACCUUACCCUGGCCAGAACCAUCGGGGACCGCAUUGGAGAAGCCAAGGCAAGUGGCAACCUUGGGAAUACAUUGAAAAUACUUGGGCAGUUUGAUGAAGCUGUCGUUUGUUGCCAGAGACACUUGGACAUUUCUCAGGAGCAGGGAGACAAGGUAGGUGAAGCCAGAGCACUGUAUAAUAUAGGAAAUGUUUACCAUGCAAAGGGAAAGCACUUAUCUUGGAGCAUGGCCCAAGACCCAGGCUACCUGCCUCAAGAAGUCAAGGAGACGCUACAGAAAGCUUCAGAAUAUUAUGAGAGGAACCUGUCCCUGGUGAAGGAGCUGGGGGACAGAGCUGCACAGGGCCGUGCUUAUGGCAACCUCGGCAACACCCAGUACUUACUCGGCAACUUCAGUGAAGCUAUAGCCUUCCACAAGGAGCGCCUUGCUAUUGCUAAGGAGUUUGGGGACAAGGCAGCCGAGCGGAGAGCGUACAGCAACCUGGGCAAUGCGCACAUCUUCCUUGGGAGGUUUGACAUCUCUGCUGAGUACUACAAGAAAACACUCCAGCUCUCCAGACAACUCAAAGACCAAGCAGUAGAAGCCCAGGCUUGCUACAGUCUUGGAAACACAUACACGCUGCUUCAAGACUAUGAAAGAGCAAUCGAGUACCAUCUGAAACACCUGGUGAUAGCACAGGAGCUGGGAGACAGGGUGGGAGAAGGAAGAGCCUGCUGGAGUCUCGGAAAUGCCUACGUCUCCCUGGGGAGCCAUGAACAAGCUUUGCACUUUGCAAGGAAACAUCUUGAAAUCUCCCAAGAGAUUGGGGACCGGAAUGGUGAGCUGACAGCACAGGUGAACAUGGCCCAGCUCAAGUCAGCCCUCGGCUUGGGCCCCGGGGAUGAGGACAUGGGUACAGCUCAUCACUAUUCUGGGUAUGAAGCACAAGGAGCCAGGCCAAAGAGACUCCAAAGGAACAGCAUGGACAGCUUAGACCUCCUGAAGUUCCCUUCUGAAAAGGACCAGAAUGGGGACAGCCAUCACAUGGGAGACCUGAAGAUCUCUGGAAAAGAGUUCUUGUCAUUACCUGCAAGGUCAAAGAAAUACCGGGAGCACCAAUCCAGUUCAGAGAGAAAGUCCCAGGGGUCAAGUACAUCACCACUGGAUACCAGUGAAGUUCGAGUCCAGGUGUCACAGUCGGACUGUUGCUCAGCCCCGUUAGGGGAUGCCCUGGCUCUCGGGAAGCCUCCUGACCAUCCUGGAUGUGCCAAGCCCUGGAAAAUCAACCGGACCCCUUCGGAUGAGGAAUGCUUCUUUGACCUGUUGAGCAAGUUCCAGAGCAACCGGAUGGAUGAUCAGCGCUGCCCGUUGGAAGAAUGCCCAUCGGAGGCUGCAGAGGCAGCUGCCACACCGGUCCCUGCCCUGGAAGAACGGAUAUCACAGUCCUCCUUAAUGGCGUCUCCACAGACGGAGGAGUUCUUCGACCUCAUCGCCAGCUCCCAGAGCAGGCGGCUGGAUGACCAGCGUGCCAACGUGGGCAACCUGCCAGGCCUCCGGAUAACACACAACAACCUGGGGCACCUGCGUGUGGAGGGGGAUGCCCAGGAGCCCGGGGACGAGUUCUUCAACAUGCUGAUGAAGUGUCAGUCCUCCAGGAUAGAUGACCAACGCUGUGCACCGCCGGACUCCAUCCCCCGUGGCCCCACCAUGCCGGACGAAGACUUUUUCAGCCUCAUCCAGCGUGUCCAGGCCAAACGCAUGGAUGAGCAGCGGGUAGAUUUGGCCUCAGCCCAGGAGGAGGCAGCAGAGGAGCAGCAGAGGCCUGGUUCCAGCUAAGAACUGGGGUUUGGCUUGGGGGGGUUGUUUUGGUUUCAUUUUGUUUUUUAAAAAGGAAAAAAAAAGUGUAGGUGGUUUCAAACCCGAGCGCUCCUGCGCUACCAGAGACUUCUGUCAGGAGCCGCCCCAGGGACAUGGGAAGCCAUACCUCCGUUGUGUUGCACCUGGCUGCUCUGCAGAGGCAGUGCUACAGGAAGGCCCAUCAGAUGGGGGACGGUUUUUAAACAAGGGGUUUUUUAGGACACACGGCCACUGUAACACUGGGCACAGCACGAGGGAAGAAGACUUUGGCAGCCCCUUUGCUUAUCACCUAAAAAUCCACGAACUUGUGCUGUCGGCCAGAAGAGGAGCCCAGAGUGGGUAGUUAACUCCAGCCUUGAUGUCUUUUAUUUCCACACUUUUAAUUUAAUGGGGGAAGGGAAGAGCAUCUUUUCCAUUUUGAAGUCCUCCUGUUUUGCCCGCAUCAUGAGGUGACACAAAUUGCUCUGGAUCCUUCCGUGGAACAUCUUGCUCAGCUUUGUUCUUUCUAUGAGAGGAAAUGAGCCCAAGUCAGAGGUCACACCAGUGCUUUUAAACCUCAGCCCCACCCCAGCUGCAGUCGUGGUCCCACACACCUUAAUGUUUAUUUUAGGUUUGCCGAGGACUAUGCAGUGAGCCCUGUGACACCCCCUCUGCUUCCCCAGCCGCAGUCCCAUGCAGAGCUGUACCAGGACCUCCCGAGCAGGAGCAAAGCCUUGCUUGCCCUGAGCUUUAGUGGGAUUUGGUUACCUCUAGAGAACAGCCGUGCAGCAAAGCCCAGCUUCAGCCUGGGACAAAGCCUGAAAGGUAACCGCCAGCCGUGCAGCCCAAACUGCAGGCCCGAGACAGGGGCCUGUGCCCGGGAAGGGAGGAAGGAGGUCUCUGCUCGUCUGUUCAGCACAAGGCAAACGCGGGCAACUCAUCACUUCUGGUGCCACUGAGCCAGAAGUCUCACGCAGGAUUGUCCUGCGUGCCAGGUGAGCGUGCCCGAGGCAGAAGCUGGCGUUCGGCAAUGAUCCGCUUCGAGAGCCAGCAAAGUUUUCUGGCCAUGGCUUGUCAGGAGAGCGAAGCAGAACCAUCCCCUCCUCCCUUUUGUGUCCCAACAGCAGUCAGGAAUAAUAGCCCUUCCCUUCCCUUGUUUCUUCCCAAACCAGUGCUGAGCUUCUCUCAGGCCCUGCAGGCCCCAGCAGAGCUGCUCCCGGCAAGGCACUCCAUUUCUGCCCAAUCUGUCUCUAAUAAAUGGAGCCUCUCGAGGGCUCCAGACUGGGGUGUUGGCUGGGAAGUCAGUUCCACCCCACACAGAGGCGCAAGAGCCUACAUUUGCUUUCACUCCUUCCCCUUUUGGAACAGUUGGAAAAGCAAGCCCAGGGAGCAGAAAUCUAACUUCAGGAGGUGGAGUCUUUUUUCUUUCCUUGACUAGAUAGGCUAUCUUGGACUUCAGAAACUCCAGUAAUGAGUUCUGCCAAAGCAGGUAUGUUCCUAUAGAGAACAAAUCAGCACUUUCUAUUUGAAAUGCAUUUGAUGGAAACAUUUCCAACCAGCAGUAAGAUUUUUAGACCAGUGAUGCUGCUCAUCGGGCAUUUAACCUGCCUGCACUGACCAUGCGGAGGGGUAGCUGCAUUUUACCUGCUACCAGGGAGCACUCACCUGCUACGCUGCUGCAUGGAUCGCUUGGCCGAGGCUCGGCCUCCUUCCUGGGGCUGGUCAGAGCUCUGGAGAAGGGAUAGGAGGACCUGCCCAGCCACCUACGUACUGACCCAGCUCGCAUUUGUAAAGAGGAGGAAAACAUUGAAAAUGACUUGAUCAGCUGCAGGCUUGGGCCUGUGCAGCUCUCAGCCAGGUGGUGAACUGGAAUCUGACCAUUAAGCUUUCAGAGAUGUUAAUUAUUUGCCAUAUACUUGAAUGUAUGAGCUUAUUUAUUUUUUACAUGUGCAUUUGCUAAUGUCAUUUUAAUGGGGAAUUUCCAACCCACAGGUACUUUUUUUUCUAAAAAAUAAUCUGCCAAAUGAAUUAAUAUAUUAGAAAUGAAUACAGCUCAAGGGGAAGGGGGGGUUUGUGCUUAAUAAAUAUUUGUGUCUAA